CGUCGCCGCAGCCUGGGCAAAAUCAGUGUUUUUCCGGGCUCAAAAGGGGAUAAUUCCCAAAAGUCGUAACAAGCGGGAAAUGGCCGCGACUUCAAAAAGUGUUCCGUGGCAGUUAAAAAGUUAAUGACCAAGCUAAAAACUGGGACUCCGAGUGAUCUGUGAAACAAGCUUAAAUAAAAAACUUAAAGCCAGAACUCCUAGUGUUGAAUGGUACAUAUCGCAGCAUUAUUUACCUCUGGCGCCGCAUUGGAUGGCUUUGACAUUGGCGCCACAUUUGCAUCCGGGGCAGGUGUAAAUAUUCAUUUCUAUAGCUGGCAAAGUUGCUGCCUGCUUUUAGCAUAAUUAAGCGCAUCACCACACCGCCUUCCCCCCUCCGGCCACCCUCACCAAUUACAAAGGACCCGAGGAGGACAAAAAACUUGGCCAGAGCCUUGAAACUUUGAAGAGCAGCCGCCAGUCAAAGCAGCUUUAAGGUCCUGUUUCGUGUUGCCCCUCGCAGGAUCCGAGACGACGGCGAACUGCAUGGAUGUUCCGGCAUGUAACCACCUGAUGUGGAGCACUGCGGAGCGAUGAGGCAUCCGACUGUGGCCACCACCGCAGCAUGUCCUUGUCGGAACGGAACACACCUAGUCAUGGGCCGGGAGCGGGAGCAGUGGCAGGAGGUGGGUCGGGGGGACCGGCGGCCGGAACGCAUCGGCAGCGACCGCCGGACGUGGAGGAGGCGCUCUCCUCGAUGCUGUGGACCCCCUACGAGCGGACGCCCCUGCCCAGCUCCUCGGAGGAGGAGGCCGAGGAGGAGGACGACGACGAGCGGCUCAACCGGCAGCUGCGCAAGUCGCACAGCAGCUACGAGGCCUCGGCCUUGAACCAGCCCCACCACCCCCACUACCCCCACCACGCCCACCUCCCCCUUUUCGCCCACCACCAGCAGGCGCUGGACAGCGGAUCCGCCCUGCUCCUGCCCCCCGUGCCUUCGUUUCCCCCGUUUAGUUUAAGCGCCUUCGACGCGGCCAUCGCUGGCUUCGAUCACCUGGCCAAGGGCGACAUCUCCGCCGGCGGAGUGGGCGUGGGUGUGGGGGGCAGGCGGAACCGGUACUCGUUCCCCGCCUACCAGGGCAGCCCCACCCGCACCCUCACCCAGUGGUGCUCCUCGGCCGCCACUUCGAUCAAGGAGCCACCCUCCUACGAGUCACUGUACACCGCCUCCAGCUCGAAGGUUGGAGCUCCUCCCGCCGCCUCGCUGAUCCUCAAGGCCAGUGGGGAUGUGGGGGUGGCUGCCGAACCAUGUGAUAGAUCGCAACGAUCGCCAACAAAAGCAGCAGCACCAGAGGAUCAGGAUCGGAAUAGGGAUGGGGAUGCGGAUGAGGAGAAGAAUCGAUCCCAGGCUGCUCCACUAACGGCUAAUGUUCCCGCUGGAUUGGGUUUGAGGCGCUCCUUCACGGAUGACUACAUUUCGCAGAAUUGCGCUCCAUUCACGCCAGCAACUGCAAUACGGCACGGCAGCAACACUGAGACAACGGCAACGGAAACACAAAGCCCAGCAACGAAUGCGAGAUCACAACAAAGCGAAGAAAACCCAAGCAGCAGCAGCGCAGCGAAUUGCAUUAUCAAUGAACAGAGAGACGAAGCGGCAGCAGCAAUUGCAACUGCAACAGCAACAGCAACAUCAUCAGGAGGGAACGAGGAAACCAGCUCGGUGGCAGUGCAGGUCAGUCAACCUGUUUCCUGUGCCGCCAGAGAGCAAAGAGAGCGUGUGAGAGCCAGCAACACGCCAGCGUUGCGAGCAGCCAGCAGCAACACGAGCUACGCGAGCAACACCAGCGACGGCAGCAACAUCAGCGGCGAGCGAACGGCGAUCAGUCUCUCGGCAACUUUCGGCGGGCCAACAACGAACGCGAACAGCAACAGCAACCGGAACUGCUACUACGCAGGCAGCAGCAAUCGCCCACUGUACGACAGCAGCAGCAACGUGCUGCGGCCCAACAAAUGUUUGGCAGAACUCGAGCGUCUGUAUGCCGAAUUUCGCGCGAGUGAAAGCAGAUUCGAGCGGGGUCUGAGCCAGUUGGACAUUGAAAACGCCAACGCCACCGCCACCGUCAGCGAAAUGCGUCUAAAUGUGCCAGCCACUGUGGCAGCAGCAACUGUUGCUGGUAGCGCCACCAGCAGCAGCAGCAACAACAGCAGCAGCAGCAGCAGUGUGUUUCUCAAUGUGUCCGGCAGCAGCAGCACCGACAGCGGCGACAAUCAAGUUGUCGACGAGGCCAAGAGCAUCAGCAACAUUGCGGUGCUGCCAGCAGCAGCAACGCCAACUUCCAAGUCCUGCCAGCGACAGCCGAGCCUAACGAUCCAAGUGAACAACAGCAACACUAACGGUACUAAUAACGGCAAUCGGGUCUUGGUGGCUUCGCCCACGAGCAUCGUGAACAACAACAAUGGCGUGUGCGUUGUCAACUGCAGCUACACCCCCAGCAGCAACAGCAGCAGCAACAUCAGCAACAUCAACAACAACAACACCAGCAACAAUAGCAGCGUGGUGGAAAUCAAUAAUUGUGUGCCAGCAGCCAAAGUGUUCAGUGCAAGUGUUCAGAAUAAGCUAAAUAAUAAUAUUAGCCCCACAGGCGGGGAUAUGCAACAUGUUGCUGCUGCCACGAGCAGCAAUAAUAAUCAUGUGCAAACCGAUAACAGUGUCAAUAUAAUCAAUGUGAAUGCUAGCAACAACAAUAAUAGCCACCCACGCACCUUCACCUCAACGGAAUGCCAAACGGAUGACCUGUCGGCCAGUUCAUCAUCAAACCUGCAACAGCAACAACAGCAGCAGCAGCAACAGCAACAACAGCAGCAGCAACAACAGAUGCGAACACGGGAGCAACGUCGCAAGGAGCGCAGAGAACGCCGGCAGCAGCAGCAACAACAGAUUCCGGCACACCACCCGCGGCGUCAUCCGCCCCCUCCUCCCCCACCACAAUUGCACCCACCUCCGCACCUUCACCACCCUCUUCCUCAUCCCCACCCCCUGCCCCAUCCUCACCCCGCGGCCAUGGGAUUGGCACGAGCUCUGCUGCCAGACAUCCUACACGCCCACUACCCGCCGCCCUACAGCGCUCUGCCCGUUCCCGUUCCAGUUCCGCCCCCUCCCCCACCAGCGGCUGCUGCUGCUGCUGUUGCAGCAGCGGUACAACAGCAACAUGCCGCUCCGGCGACGCCGCCAGCGCUGACGUCCGUGAUAUCGACGGUGCCACUGCCGGGACCAGGUCCGCUCCCAGCGCCCCACAUGAGCGAUGGACGCUUCACGCUGCCACUGCCGCUGCACAUCAUGCGCAGAUCCCCCUCGGAGAGAUCGGGCAAGGGCUGCUGUGGCCAGUGGUUCGCCGGACCGCCGCUGCGCGCCCUCAUCGCCGUCGUCGCCCUGGGGGGCGUGGCCUGCGCCCUGGGCGGAGCGGCCUUGGGUGCCACUGGCCUCGCCGGACCGCCCAACUCCCACCUCACGGCCGCCCUGCUAAUGAUUGGAGUCGGCGUGGUUUUGGUGACGGUGAGUGGAGCCGCCUGGCGGAUGACGGCACCUGGGGGCCAGAGCUGCCUGGGAAUCGGACUAGGAACCAGUGUGGACCUCGGGCGCUGCGGUCGGAGGCCCUGCAGUCGAGGCGGAGGAGCACCCCACGGACUGCUCUACCCGGAGUUCCAGCACCGCCCACCGCCGCCCUCGUACCAGGCCAGCAUGCAGGAGUACCGGCUGAGACUUUUGCUGUUGGACCGCGAUCGCCAGAAUGGCGUGGUGCGUGGAAAUUCGCCGCCGCCCACUUAUCGAUCUCAUGCGGGCAGCCUGCUGAGAGCUCCACUGACCACCCUGCGAUCCGGAAUGGGAGGCGGCGGAGGGGGCGGGGCCGGAGGAACCAUCAGCAGCAGCAUGGGCGGGUCGGAGUACAGUCUGCCGCCCAGCUACCGCUCCCGGAAUGCAACGCCCGCCAGUCUCGUGUGCAGCGAGCGGAACAUCGAGACGGCUCCGUCCGGCAGACUGCUGGCCAACGAGGAUCUGCAGCUGCCGGAGCCGUCGGUGGUGGAGCAAUUGCCGGACUACACGGCCUUGCAGUCGAACACAUUGCUCACCUCGGCCAUUGUGGAGAUAGAGUCCUCGAAUCGGGUGCCGGAAAGGGAGACCAGUGCCACAUCGGGAGGAGCCACCAAAGGCAAGGAUCUGGUGACCAUUGUGACCAUUUCCCAGUCACCCGGCAGCACCCACAGCCAAACCCAAACCCAAACCCAAACGCAUACGCAAAACCCAGCUGGCCAGGCCAGCGCCCUCGAUCAGAUCGAUAUAUUGGCGCAUCUGUAGCGAUCGAACUGAACCAACAGUUGGAUACUUCAGACACUCGUGUUAACCCAAAGGUAUUUAUUUGUACGGAACUCAAGCUGCUCCUAAAUGAAUAUAUAUAUAAUGUAACCCCUAUCUGUAAACCGUAAACUGUAAGCUGUUUGUUGUACUUGAAUGUGUUGAAUUUAUUUUUGUAAGCAUUAAGCAGAUGCGCAGCGUAGUUAUUACGAAUUCUAGAUACUUGCAAUUAUACAUAUAUACGCCUACCCAUUGAAGUAUUAAAGUAUCCAAAAAACAAAAAAAAAA